GCACAGCUUAGCUGCAAUGGCAGUUUCUGUGUUAACAGUGUCACAGGACGGAACCGGACGCUACCGUACGGUACAGGAAGCCAUAGAUGCUGUGCCACUCGGCAAUACUCGCCGGACGGUGAUUCGGGUGUCGCCGGGAAUCUACCGGCAGCCACUUUACGUGGCGAAGACGAAGAAUUUCAUCACUCUCACUGCUGUGCGCCCUGAGAACACUGUUCUGACAUGGAACAACACUGCCACCAACAUCCACCAUCAUCAAGAUGGUCGAGUGAUAGGGACUGGGACCUUCGGUUGUGGCAGCACCAUUAUAGAAGGAGGAGACUUUAUUGCUGAGAAUAUUACGUUUGAGAAUUCAUCCCCUCAGGGUUCAGGGCAAGCAGUGGCACUUAGAGUAACAGCAGAUCGAUGUGCAUUCUAUAAUUGCAGGUUUCUUGGAUGGCAGGACACACUUUAUUUACAUUAUGGUAAACAAUAUUUGAAAGAUUGUUAUAUUGAAGGAAGUGUGGAUUUUAUUUUUGGUAAUAGCACUGCACUCUUGGAGCAUUGUCAUAUCCACUGCAAGUCUGGAGGGUUCAUAACUGCACAGAGCAGAAAAUCUCCACAGGAAACAACUGGUUAUGUAUUCUUGAGAUGUGUUAUCACAGGUAAUGGAGGAACUUCAUAUACAUAUCUUGGAAGACCAUGGGGACCCUUUGGAAGAGUGGUCUUUGCAUUCACUUAUAUGGAUCAAUGUAUAAAGCCCUGUGGCUGGAAUAACUGGGGGAAAAUUGAGAAUGAAAGAAGUGCUUGUUUCUAUGAAUACAGGUGUUUUGGGCCGGGUUGCUGUCCAUCGGGGCGAGUAAAAUGGGCUAAAGAAUUAAGGGAUGAAGAAGCUGAGGAGUUUCUGAUGCAUAGCUUCAUUGACCCACAAUCAGAUAGACCUUGGCUUGCUCAAAAAAUGGCUUUGAGGAUUCCACUUUCUGCUUAGAAAUUGUUAAAGACACUUCAUUAAUAGUUAAUCACGUUGCUUAAGUGCUUGAUUUCAUGUUUAUCCCAAUAAGAAAUAAAAAUGGUCUUCCUAAGAAGUCCU